GCAGCCUCGCUCUGGUCCCUGCGGCUGGCGGCCGAGCCGUGUGUCUCCUCCUCCACCGCCGCCAUAUUGUCUGUGUGAGCAGAGGGGAGAGCGGCCACUGCCGCUGCCGCUUCCACCACAGCUCUGUCAAGGCUUGUCAAGCAGUGUGCUCAUCACAUGGUAAAUCAUGCAGCCUGGAACCUCAUAAAAGCUCCAAGAAACAUCAUUCACCCAUACUGACUAGUUUCACAUCUCUUUGUUUGAAGAAAACAGGUCUGAAACAAGGUCUUACCCCCAGCUGCCUCUGAACACAGUGACUGCCAGAUCUCCAAACAUCAAGUCCAGCUUUGUCCGCCAACCUGUCUGACAUGUCGGGACCCGUGCCAAGCAGGGCCAGAGUUUACACAGAUGUUAAUACACACAGACCUCGAGAAUACUGGGAUUACGAGUCACAUGUGGUGGAAUGGGGAAAUCAAGAUGACUACCAGCUGGUUCGAAAAUUAGGCCGAGGUAAAUACAGUGAAGUAUUUGAAGCCAUCAACAUCACAAAUAAUGAAAAAGUUGUCGUUAAAAUUCUCAAGCCAGUAAAAAAGAAGAAAAUUAAGCGUGAAAUAAAGAUUUUGGAGAAUUUGAGAGGAGGUCCCAACAUCAUCACACUGGCAGACAUUGUAAAAGACCCUGUGUCACGAACCCCCGCCUUGGUUUUUGAACACGUAAACAACACAGACUUCAAGCAAUUGUACCAGACGUUAACAGACUAUGAUAUUCGAUUUUACAUGUAUGAGAUUCUGAAGGCCCUGGAUUAUUGUCACAGCAUGGGAAUUAUGCACAGAGAUGUGAAGCCCCAUAAUGUCAUGAUUGAUCAUGAGCACAGAAAGCUACGACUAAUAGACUGGGGUUUGGCUGAGUUUUAUCAUCCUGGCCAAGAAUAUAAUGUCCGAGUUGCUUCCCGAUACUUCAAAGGUCCUGAGCUACUUGUAGACUAUCAGAUGUACGAUUAUAGUUUGGAUAUGUGGAGUUUGGGUUGUAUGCUGGCAAGUAUGAUCUUUCGGAAGGAGCCAUUUUUCCAUGGACAUGACAAUUAUGAUCAGUUGGUGAGGAUAGCCAAGGUUCUGGGGACAGAAGAUUUAUAUGACUAUAUUGACAAAUACAACAUUGAAUUAGAUCCACGUUUCAAUGAUAUCUUGGGCAGACACUCUCGAAAGCGAUGGGAACGCUUUGUCCACAGUGAAAAUCAGCACCUUGUCAGCCCUGAGGCCUUGGAUUUCCUGGACAAACUGCUGCGAUAUGACCACCAGUCACGGCUUACUGCAAGAGAGGCCAUGGAACACCCCUAUUUCUACACUGUUGUGAAGGACCAGGCUCGAAUGGGUUCAUCUAGCAUGCCAGGGGGCAGUACGCCCGUCAGCAGCGCCAAUAUGAUGUCAGGGAUUUCUUCAGUGCCAACCCCUUCACCCCUUGGACCUCUGGCAGGCUCACCAGUGAUUGCUGCUGCCAACCCCCUUGGGAUGCCUGUUCCAGCUGCCGCUGGCGCUCAGCAGUAACGGCCCUAUCUGUCUCCUGAUGCCUGAGCAGAGGUGGGGGAGUCCACCCUCUCCUUGAUGCAGCUUGCGCCUGGUGGGGAGGGGUGAAACACUUCAGAAGCACCGUGUCUGAACCGUUGCUUGUGGAUUUAUAGUAGUUCAGUCAUAAAAAAAAAAAUUAUAAUAGGCUGAUUUUCUUUUUUCUUUUUUCUUUUUUUUUUUUUAAACUCGAACUUUUCAUAACUCAGGGGAUUCCCUGAAAAAUUACCUGCAGGUGGAAUAUUUCAUGGACAAAUUUUUUUUCUCCCCUCCCAAAUUUAGUUCCUCAUCACAAAAGAGCAAAGAUAAACCAGCCUCAAUCCCGGCUGCUGCAUUUGGGUGGAGAUUUCUUCCCAUUCCCACCAUUGUCCUCCACCAUCCCACACUUUAGGGGGUUGGUAUCUCGUGCCCUUCUUCAGAGAUUACAAAAAUGUAGCUUCUCAGGGGAGGCGGGAAGAAAGGAGGCAGGAAGGAAAGAAGGAAGGGAGGACCCAAUCUGUAGGAGCAGUGGACUGCUUGCUGGUCACUUACAUCACUUUACUCCAUAAGCGCUUCAGUGGGGUUAUCCUAAUGGCUCUCGUGGAAGUGUGUCUUAGUUACAUCGAGAUGUUGAAAAUCUACCCGAAAUGCAGACAGAUACUAAAAACUUCUGUUCAGUAAGAAUCAUGUCUUAUUGAUCUAACCCUAAAUCCAACUCAUUUAUAAUUUUAGUUUUAGUUCAGUUUAAAAUUUUGAUACCUUCCCUCCCAGGCUCCUUACCUUGGUGUUUUCCCUGUUCAUCUCCCAAUAUGCUGUGCUCCAUAGCUGGUAGGAGGGGGAAGGCAAAAUCUUUCUCAGUUUUCUUUGUCUUGGCCAUUUUGAAUUCAUUUAGUUACUGGGCAUAACUUAUUGCUUUUUACAAAAGAAACAAACAUUGUCUAUACAGGUUUCAUGCUAGAGCUAAUGGGAGAUGUGGCCACACUGAGUUCCAUUUUAAGCUUUCUACUUCUUUUCCUCUGACCUUCCCCUUCCCUCACAUGCCAUCCAGUGAGAAGACCUGCUCCUCAGUCUUGUAAAUGUAUCUUGAGAGAUAGGAGCAAAGCCACUAUCUCCAUUGAAGCUGAAAUGGUAGACCUGUAAUUGUGGGAAAACUAUAAACUCUCUUGUUACAGCCUUGCCACCCCUUGCUGUGUGUAUAUAUAUAAUACUUUGUCCUUCAUAUGUGAAAGAUCCAGUGUUGGAAUUCUUUGGUGUAAAUAAACGUUUGGUUUUAUUUAUCAA